AUGUUCAAAAAGGAGGUGAGCCGUCAUAAUACAUAGUAGGAAUCCUAGAGUUUCUCAAAAAUAAUUAGAUAUUCAUGAAGAUUUCAGUUUUUUCUGGAAAUUCAAAAGUAUAUGGGUUAGGCCAAAGAAAUUUUUUAGAAUCUAUCGCCAGAUUUUCAGAAAUAACUCUGAUCAUUAGAAAAUCGUUGUUCUCAAAGAGUACAAAUUAGCAAAAAUCCCAGAUUGAAAAAAAAUAUUUUAUUUUUCUGAUUUUCGAACCCGUUACGUGCAAAUUUUAGAUUUGGAAAAUUUGUUUUGCAGAUCUUGAAAGAUUAGUGAAAUUUUUUUGGAUUUUUUUGUCAGAAUUCACAAUUUUCCAUAAAUGUUUCCCAGUUAGCUAAAAACUGCAAUUUCAAUGCAUUUCCAAAACGUUCCAAAAAAUUCCAGUUUCCAAAAAACUCUAACAUAAAAAGCUCUUUCAAAAUUUAGAAAUACAACCUUCUUCUUUAUUGUCCAUGUCAAUGUCCGACUCCUUCGGACACUUUAUUAUGGAGAAAAGUUAAGGUAUGUUUUCUUCUGAAAAAGUACCCAGCUGCUCAUCACAUCAUCAUCAUUAUUUUUUUCUUUUUUUCGUACAAUUCCUUUACUUGCCUUCAAAUUAUCCUUGUUUUUUUUCAUUUGAAAAUUAUUUUUCACUCGCCUCGUUAUAUAAUUUUAUAGUUGAAUUUGUGCGCCGUCGUCAGUCGAAAACAAACUCUCAUCUGCUUUUUUGCAGUUUUUUUUUCAAAGAAAAAAAUUAAUUUUUGCUUUUUUCUAGGUCAUUUCACCUGAAAUGUCCGAUGAUUAUGUGAUUGUUAAGUAUGAUUAUUUGGCGCAAGAAGAUCAAGAGCUUACGAUUAAGAAGAAUGAGCGAUUAAAGUUGAUUGAUGAUAGUAGAAAUUGGUGGAAGGUGAGUGACAUUUUGAAGGGUAUUUUUUGGGAAAAAAAUAAAAAUUGAAAAUGUUAUCUUCCUAAAUUGAAAAAGUUACAAGAUCAUAUUUGAUGUUAUUCGGAAUUCACUUCAAAUUCAUUAUUAUGUUCAAGAAAAUUCUGUUGAAAACUGAUCUGAGAAAAUCCAAAACUUCCAUAAUAAUUUCCCAAAUUUGGGAAAAAAACAACUCUUUUCGCUAGAAAAAUUUCACAAAUAAUGUUGGCAACUUGAAUAUCAGCUCUCUAGAUUCCUGGAUAAUUUUCUGCACCAAAUUUGUUGAAUUCAAAACUAUUCAAUUUCAUUAUUUGAAUAUAAAGACACCGUUGAAGAUCAGUAAAUCAAAUAUUUUAUGAUUUCAAUGCACUCUUUAUCAAAUUUCAAAUUUUUCAUAGAUCAAUUAAACCUGAAAACAUGGAAAAAUAUCAGCAAGAGAAAACUUGCAAAAAUGUUUUUCAGACAAUUUUUUUUGUUUAUAAUAAUUAUAAAAUUGAUGGCAAUCAUCGUGAGACUGAAAAUGUAUGUCUCUUUCAAAUUGUUGUUGCGAAAUAUCUAGAAUUGCGGAGGCGGACCACAAUUUUGCAAUAAUUUUAUUUUGUGGAUACAAAAAAUCUGUUGCAAUACACUUUUUGAAUAGAAUUUCUUUUCGGAUCCCGUUUUUCCGCAAAAAAAAGAGAAAAUGAAGAGACAUAUGCAUUUUUGAUUAAUAAAGAAAAUCUGAAAAUCUUCAUGAAUCUGCAUGAUUUCAACAAUUCCCUUCAAUUCUCCCUCAUAACAAAAAUAAACAAACCAAAAAUGUGUUAAGGUUGUGAAUGAUGCAAACAACGUGGGAUUUGUGCCAUCAAACUAUGUUCGAAAAGAGUCAAUUGUCGAUAAGGCAAAAGGCACAAUCAAAGGAUUGACAAAAGGUCGAAAUCGAUCUUCCGAUCAUGAACAGGUUAGUUCUAAACCAGUCCUAUCUUUCUUCCAUUUAUUCCCUCUAAUUCCUUCUUAUUGCUUAUUAAAUCGAAAGAAAACGAAUGUGAAUUAUAGCAUGAAGAAAAACGCAUAAAGUUAAUGUGUAUAGAUAAGCUUACGCAAUCUGGAAUCGAUUUUUUCUUUCUAUUCUCGCUUCUUAUCAUCAUCAUUUUUUCAAAUAUUUGCUCUCACUCAUUUAUGUUGCAUGGUAUGCAACCAAAAAAACGCUAUGGCCUAGAAAACCAAAAAGUGCGUGUUGUUCUUUCAACCAUAUUAGUUUUGUUUUUUUUUCUUCCCCGCGCGCGCGCGCUUUUCUCACUUCCCUCUUCGUUCCAUUUUUAUUAUAUUAUUGAUGAAAUCAUUUUUUCUGUUGCAAGAACUGCAGAUGUUUUCUAUUUUUAUAACUCCUGGCGGAAAUUUUUUGCAAUGUUUCAUAUUUCAUUUUCUUAGUCUCGCAUGCUUGAAAUAGGUUUUUUGAUUUAUGGGGGUUGUUUGAAGCAGACAUAGAUUUGAUAUAAGAAAGUGCAUGUCUGCACGAAAUCUGAUUACAACUUAUAAUUAAAAUUGUACUUCAAAUUAUAGGCGUGUGAUUUCUUAGACAAAUCUGAGAGCAUACCUACAAUUUAUUGUAUUCUGCUGCUUUCAAACAAAGCGCCACUAAAAUAGGAAAUUUAUUUGCAUUUGCUCAUUUACUCUUUCACAGACAAUUCAAAUUCUAUUUGAUAUUCAUAUUUAUUCAUUUAUUUAUUUAUCUAUUUACAUUUGGAUUGUUAUCACUUUAGAAGGCGCAGAAGCACCAAAAGAAAAAGAAGAAGGAAAAGAAAAAGCAGUAUACUAGCGCAUUGACUAGCACAGUUUCAAAUUGAAUAAGAUAUUUAGUUGCGAGAGGCAGCUCCACUCUAUUUGCUUUCUGCGCAAGCAAGCAAGCAAUCGGCGAGAAAAUGUGCCUAGACCCCUUUCUCCUAUUUCAAUUUACGUGUGUCCCUCCUGCGUUUCAAACAAGAGACUGACUGAAAUUUAUGUACCCACUUUAUCGAUUUUUUCUCUUUUCCCUCUUAUCCACUCUUUCUCUCAUGUUUUUGUUGUUUAAUGGACUAACACCAAACAAAAACUUUUUUCUUUUUUUCCCCUCAUCCCAUUUUUUUGUUCCGAAUAUACAUAAAAUCCAUAAUAAUUUAUAGGAAGAAAGAUCAAACGGAUUGGAUCGAUUUGCAUUCAGCUCAAAUAACAAUUGCUCAUUAACGCCAUCUUCAAAUAAGGUAUCAAAAAUUAUUUUAUACUUUUUUCAAUUUACAUGCUCAUAAUUAUUCAUUAUUUCAGAUUCCUAUGAUGACUACAAGAACUAAAGCAUUGGUUAAAUUUGCUUAUGAUCCACAAUUGGAAGAUGAACUAGGUUUACAAAAAGGCGAACAUGUUUUUGUUGUUGAGAAAAGCACGGAUGGCUGGUGGAAAGGAGAGGUGAGAUUUUAAAAAUAAAUAUUAUUGAAAAAAUAUAUAGCUGGAAAAAAUCCUUCAAGAAAAAUUAUUCUCUGAUUCCCAUGGGAAACAUAUGUAUCAUUUCAAAAAAGUUGUAGUUACUAGUUUGGUCCCCUUCAAAACCCACUUCAAAAUUAUAUAGAUCAUAGAAAAAUCUGGUUAUUUCAACAAAUCGCUGCUUUUUUUGUUCAUCGCGUAAAAAAAACUAGGAAAUUUGUAGUUUUCUGAAAAUAGGAACAUACAAAUAGAUUUUUUUAAUGUUCAGGAUACAAAAAAUGUCUCAUAAAUUAUAUUAUUUUUGAUAAUUUGAUCAAGCUAUUGAACCGGCUUAAUUUAUCUGAAAAUAAUUAUAAUUACAUUCUUGGAAUCGUUGGAUUGAGCUACUUUUUUAAAACAAGAUAACAUGGAACAUCCUAGUGUUUCUGUGCUUCUUGAUUUUUUUUUUAAUUUUUCAUAGAAAUACGUCAUUUUCCAUGAAAUUAUAAAUUAUGACGUCUAUGAUAACCUUUUAUUCCAGUCAGCCCAUGAUUAUUUCUUUUCCACCGGCCUUUAAAAUCAAAGUUCAUUUGAUAGUUCCGCAUGAAAUUCAAAACUUUAGCUCUUAUCCCACGUUUUGAAAUUUGAAUCUCUUUUUUUCAGACAAGUAAUGGAUCGACUGGAUGGUUCCCAUCAAAUUAUGUCGAAGAAGUCGAAACUGUGAGCACCAACGGAAAUCAAGGAAGUAUCGAAAACCGAAAUCCAUCAAAUCCAAUCUCAAAUAUCGUUUCGCCACCAAUUGUUCCAAUUGCUAAAAGUGUUAUGGAAACUGUGGUAGCACUUUAUUCCUUUGAAGCUUCGUCUUCUGAAGAACUCUCCUUCAAAAAAGGAGAACGACUAGAUAUUGUUGAUCAUCCAGAACAUGAUCCUGAUUGGUGGUUGGCGAAGAAUGCGUAUGGUGCAACUGGACUCGUUCCACGUAAUUAUAUUGAGGUAAGUGUUUUGGAAAUAGUCCACUUUGAAAAUUGUCUUGUUCUAGGUUGAAAGUCAUGUUGGCGGCGGUGCCGGCGGUCGUUCCGAUUAUAACGCACAAUAUUCGGGUAACUCAUCACACUCUGUCCCGAUGGAACAAGAACCAUGGUAUUUUGGUCGAAUUUCAAGAGAGCAAGCUGAGGAAUUGUUGCAAAACGCAAGAGAAGGAGAAUUUUUGGUUCGAGAUAGUGAGAGUAAUGUGAGUGACUUAUGUGUAAAGUUUGUUAUCAUUUCAUUCCAUUUUGAAACUGAUUUUUUCUUUUGCAAAUAUUACACAAAAUCAUCGUGACCACAGAAAUUGAACCUAAUAUUUUAGAAGUUCAUAUUUAUCGUUCUUUUUCUUUUCUUUUUUUUUUUAAAUGAUCAGACACUUUGAAAAGUGUUAUCAAAAUGACAUUUCUGGAAACAUAAACAUUAUCACAAAAUUUUGAAAGAUCAACGAUUGAGAAAAAUUAUCAUCCGAUUUUUUGCAGCCUGGAGAUUUGUCAAUUUCUGUCCGUGGAAUUGAACGAAACAAGCACUUCAAAGUUCAGACAACUGAAGGACAAUUGAAGAUUGGAAGUCGACUCUUCCCAGAUAUGACUUCACUUAUUCGCCACUACAAAACUUCCAACAUUUUCUCAUCAGCAACUGAGAAACUUUGUCUUACCAAACCCUUGCCAAGGUAA